AUGGGGGACCCACCGCCCCCUGGGGAACCCCCUUCCCAGCAGCCCUUCAACCAAAGGAGUUCCCUGGUCUCUGAGCAGCGGCGGCGCAGCUCAGUGCAAAUUCAGCCCCAGGCAGCAGGCUCUGAGGAGGAGUUCGAUGUGGACCAGGCCGGCCCCCAGGGCUGGAACCAGUGGGGUGGUGUAUCCCAGCAGGAGAACAUACCGCUGUUCCAGGCUGAGGAAGCCUGGGUGAGUGGUAUGCAGUACCCACCCGUGAAUGUAGGCUUUACCCCCGAGUUCCAGCGCCAGCCUUACAUGGUAGAAAACAGGAUACAGGCGCCUGGCCAGUCUGCCAGCCUGAUAAUGCAACAGCUACAGCAGGGCCAAGCCAACCUCAUCCAGCAACUGGAGUCUACCUACCAGGACCACCAGGGCGACCUUCUGAGCCACUUCUACGGCAGAGAUGACCAGCACUUAUAUGAAAGCGCCCAGCAUGGGCCUUACGUAAGGGAUGACCCUGCCCUCCAUUUCACACCCUCUGAGCUGGGCUUCCUGCCCUACAGUAUGGAGGUGCCGGAACCAGAGCCUCGAGAGCUGGCCGUACAGAACGCAAAAGCCUACCUGCUGCAGACCAGCGUUAACUGCAACCUCAGCCUGUAUGAACACCUGGUGAACCUGCUGACCAAGAUCCUGAACCAGCGGCCUGAAGACCCCCUGUCCAUCCUGGAGUCGCUGAACCGCACCACGCAGAGGGAGUGGUUCCACCCCAAACUGGACACACUGAGGGAUGACCCAGAGAUGCAGCCCACCUAUGAGAUGGCAGAAAAGCAGAAGGCACUGUUCCUGCGCAGUGGAGGCGGCACCGAGGGCGAACAGGAGAUGGAGGAGGAGGUGACAGACACCGCGGUGCCCAACAUCAUGGAGGCAGCCUUCCACUUUGGGCAGGCCGGCGUGGGGCUGAGCUCAGACGAGAGCUUCCGCGUCUUCCUGGCUCUGAAGCAGCUGGUGGAGCAGCAGCCCAUCCACACGUGCCGCUUCUGGGGCAAGAUUCUGGGGCUCCGCCGCAACUACCUGGUGGCUGAGGUGGAAUUCCGGGAGGGCGAGGAGGAGGGAGAGGAGGAGGAGGCAGAGGAGCUGAUCGAGGGCGGCGAGGCCAUGGAGGGGCACUUGGAGGAGGAGGGCGAGGAGGACGAAGAGAAGAUCGCCGACGCUGUCCCCAAGCCCACGUGGAAGCCGCCGCCCGUCAUUCCCAAGGAGGACAGCCGCACAGGCACCAACAAGUACCUGUACUUCGUCUGCAACGAGCCUGGCCGGCCAUGGACGCGGCUGCCCCACGUCACGCCGGCCCAGAUCGUGAACGCCCGGAAGAUCAGGAAGUUUCUCACCGGCUACCUGGACGCGCCAGUCAUCAGCUACCCGCCCUUCCCUGGCAACGAGGCCAACUACCUGCGUGCCCAGAUCGCCCGCAUCUCGGCCGCCACACAGAUUAGCCCGCUGGGCUUCUACCAGUUUGGAGAGGAGGAAGGUGAUGAGGAGGAGGAGGGCGGCGCUGGGCGCGACUCCUAUGAGGAGAACCCCGACUUUGAGGGCAUCCCGGUGCUGGAACUGGUCGACUCCAUGGCCAACUGGGUGCACCACACUCAGCACAUCCUGCCGCAGGGUCGCUGCACUUGGGUAAACCCUUUGCAAAAGACAGAGGAGGAAGAGGAGCUAGGGGAGGAGGAAGAGAAGGCAGAUGAGGGGUUGGAGGAAGUGGAGCAGGAGGUCGGGCCCCCACUGCUGACACCGCUCUCAGAAGAUGCAGAAAUCCUGCACAUGUCAGCCUGGACCGCCCGCCUGUCCUGCCCUCUCUGUCCACAAUAUUCUGUGGCCAUCGUGCGCUCCAACCUCUGGCCGGGGGCCUACGCCUACGCCAGCGGCAAAAAGUUUGAGAACAUCUACAUCGGCUGGGGCCACAAGUACAGCCCUGACAACUUCAACCCAGACCUGCCAGCCCCCAUUCAGCGUGAGUACCCCAGCGGCCCGGAGAUCAUGGAGAUGAGCGACCCCACAGUGGAAGAGGAGAGGGCCCUCAAGGCUGCCCAGGAGCAGGCCCUGGCAGCAGCAGAGGAGGAAGAGGAGGACGAGGAGGACGAUGAAGAUGAGGACCAGGAUGACUAA